ACAGGGGGCGGGGCCGGGGCCAAGAUUCCACGGAGACAGCGGCAGUGCCGCUAGCCGCGGCGCGCGGAUUCGGACCCGGACAUACCCCGGUGCGGCGGCCUCAGCAGGUCCCUCUGCCUUCCCUGGCCGCAUUUUCCCUCUGUGAACACCAGGCUUUGGACGCGGUAGACUCUGGGGCUCCGUGUUAGGCCCUCGGCUUUCAGCGUUCCUGCUGGAGGUAGGGAUGGGGUGUCCUGCUUUGAGUUUCGGGGGUGUGGAUGGGGAGUGAGUAGGGUAACAAAGCCUCCUUCCUGGGACCUCGGCUACGGGUUCUAGCGCGGGAGCUGUUCAAAAACCAGACUGGGGCAGUGAGGAAGCACCACUGGGCAGUGAGGUCCUAACCGUCCUCUCCUGCGGCUCCGGGCACCUGGGCCGGGGCCCCGUUUCCUCCCACCCUCCUUUCUGUAGGGGCCACACGUAGCCCGGCUACUCCUGUCUAGUCCAGAUCCAGACUAGCAGUCGGGAGGAGCUUAAACCGGGCGGCCGGGACCCUGGGGCAGCCUGAGGUGCAGGGGCGGUGCUGCUCCGGCCGGGACACGGGCCACUAAGGCCUCGGGCGGAGGAGGCCUCAAAGGAGGCCAGGCGGCGGGAAAGGGGGAUGAUUCAUCCCGAGGAGCUCGAAUUGGAAACGCUGCAACCUGGGGGAACAGCCUUGCCCAGGCCGGCGGCAGAGCCAGGAGGGGAGCUCACCCUGCAAGACCCGGCGCCCGGCACCCGCAGCCCCCUGUCUCCCUGUAGCCCGGCCGCUGGAUGAGGGGGAGGCCUUUUCUUCGCGGAGUUUAAAGAAAUCCUGGGCAAAGUCUGCCACUGGUUUUGGUGAGAGCGGUCUUCUCGGAGUCUAGCUCAAGUCUCUCUUGCUGCAGCUUCAGGGCUGACUGAAGAGAUCUGGAAGGAGGGGGCGGGCAGGAAGAGGCUGGAAUCCUCGACACCCCCUCCUUCCUCCGCUGCGGUACAGGAAGCGCAGCAGGGGGGAGGUGGGGCCCGCGAGCGACCCCAGCGGACCCGGGCGGCUGAGUGUCCCCUCCCUCCUUUACCACCGUAUAGCCACGUGCGGGGGUGAGGUCGAGCUCCGGCGGGACCCCUGGAGACGCCGCUGCCGGGGGCCCCACACCUCCCGAGCCCCGGGACCCGCAAGCUGGCGAAGAGGGCGCAGGCGGCCGGAGCCCCGCAGCCCAGGAUGCGCCAGGGAGCAGCCCGCGCCCCCCUCCUUCGUCUCCGCCCGCAGGCCCGGCCAACUCUGGCUUCUGCCGCUCGUCCCUGGCUCGGAGCUCCGCUGCGGAAAACCCGAGCCGGGGAGGCUCCCCGCCUCGCAGCCCGGGAAAAUCCGGGGGUGGCCGCCAGGGAUCUCCAAGCGUCCUGGAGGCAGCCCCAUCUUCCCUCCCGGAUUUGGGCCCCCUACCUGGAGCUCCGACCCUAGGCCCGUCGGUUCAGUCCCUGCCUCCCACCUUCUUUCCGCAGAGCACCCAGACGACGGCGAGAUGACAGCCGGGAGCCCCGGAGACUGCGGGGAGGUGCGGAGGAGCCCCGAGGGCCGCGUCUCCCGCCUGGGCCGCCGCCUGGGCCGCCGCCGGCGCCCGCGCUCCCCGCCCGAGCCUCUGCGGGUGCGGGCGCGGCUGCGGCUGCGCUCGCCGUCGGGGGCGUUCGCGGCGCUGGGGGCGCUCGUGGUACUGGUGGGCAUGGGUAUCGCCGUAGCGGGCUACUGGCCGCACCGCGCCGGAGUCCCGGGGCCCCGGGCUGCAAACGCCAGCGCGCCCCACCUCAGCGAGCUGCGGCGCGAGGGUCGCGGCGCCGGCCGGGCCCAUGGUCCGCACGAGCGGCUGCGGCUUCUUGGGCCCGUGGUUAUGGGCGUCGGCCUGUUCGUGUUCAUCUGCGCCAACACACUGCUCUACGAGAACCGCGAUUUAGAGACGCGACGGCUUCGCCAAGGGGUGCUGCGGGCUCAGGCGCUCGGGCCCCCCGACGGCUCGGGCUGGGACUGCGCACUCCUCCCCAGCCCCGGCCCUAGGACUCCCCGAGCCAUAGGCUGCGUGGAGCCAGAAAGCUGGGACCUGUCUCCGCGUCGGGGUACCUCACCCGUCCCGUCAGUGCGGAGCCUGCGUUCGGAGCCUGCUAAUCCUCGCUUGGGGUUACCUGCCCUGCUCAACAGUUACCCGCUGAAGGGUCCAAGGCUGCACCCACCCUGGGGUCCCCGGACCCAGACUGGCCAUGUGAUUAUCACCGUACAGCCUUCUGGUUCCUGCAUUGAACAUUCCAAGUCUCUGGAUCUGGGCCUUGGGGACCUCCUUCUUGGGGCCCCAGCAGCUCGAGACUGUGCUCACCGAAGCUGGCCAAGACUGGACCGCCUCAGUCUGGGGGGCUAUGCCAAAUUGGGAGGAGGAGGGGACUUGGGGGCCCGGGUCAGAGUUGCAGGGGACAGCCUGCUAUGAGGCUGCAGCACGGACCAUAACAGGACUAGGAGUCCCAACGUCCAGUAGAUGCUUCGGUCACAUCCCAGACUGGGGAUGGAUGCUCUGGCCCCAGCAGCUGCUAAGGCAUCCUGACUUGCACAUUGGCAGAGAAAUGCCAACUGCUCAAGGGUUCAAUAAGCUGGAGAGAAUGUGUUUUAAUGUGGAAUCUGGAGACCAGCAUGACUCGGCCUCAGGAAUUCUUUCAGCCUCCAAAAGUGGCCUUAGCCCUGGACAGGUACCAGAGGGAGCUGGAGGUCCAGGCCAGGGUGACUGGGAGAUGUACCUGGUGUCUUGGCAAAUCCAAAGUGGUGGGCAAGGGACCCUAAGACUUGGAAGGUAGGUUGUGAUGUUACAGCCUGGGACAGGCUCCCUCCAAGAUGGCACUAGUGAUGGGGUUUUGGUCUCUGGGAAGAUGGGCAACGGGGCAGAAUUGAGACACAGUGGAGUAGAAUUGAGACCCUCCACUGCCAUCUGGGAUGGGGACCGAGCCUUGAACUCCCACCACCUCAAACCCUUUCUUCUCUCAACCAUGCAGGAUACAUCCCACUAGGGCUACACUACUGCCAAUGCCUUCAUACUGAGAGUCUGGCCCCUCCCCAGACUUGUCUAAGAAGCCCCUUUCUCUCCUUAGGCCACGACAGCUCCCUCCAGUUGGCAAAAAGCAUUUGCCAGUUCUCAGAAAUCCUUUUAUAUGUUGAAGCUGCAUUUUGGUCAGUGUGGAUAGCUUUAGAAAAGGGCUUGGAUUUGGGUCUCCCUGACCCAUGUUUAAUUUUUCCUAAGUUGCCAGUAGGGAAACAGAACUUUAAAAGUUGAUCAGUCUUCACAGAGUCAGUCUUUUUUUUUUUAAUUUAUUGAAAAAUGCAAUACAAGAAGCAAGACCAAACAUACAUCUAAACACUACCACCACUUUUACUACAAAAGGCCAAAACAGCAGACCUAAUUACCUUCUAUUUAAUCUAAGAAUUUUGCCAAUUUGAUUCUGCUGCCACAGUUCGUAUUUUAUCAAGAAAUGUAAACAACUACAUGAUAUGAUUCAUAAUUUUUAAAAAAAUUUACAAAGCUCCUUCAUUUUUGUCACCAAAAUAAAACAUUUGAGAGAGAUUUGUAAAACCAACCAGCCUGGGGCUGAGAUCCUGGGCAGAUACUUCCUACGAGCAUUCCUUGGUGUUGGUCAGGCUAUUGCUCUGGCUCCAUGCCCCAAAGUGGGCUGUUGCCCCCUCACCCUCAGCUGCCCUGCAGAACACACGGUGGGGUCUGGGGGGUGGGCAAAGAUUACCUGGCAGGUCCCUGUAGCCAGGCUCUGUGGGCCCUCAGCUUAUAAAUUCAGGCCCUGCUUUGUGGGUGGGUAGGUGGCAGAGACCUCAUGUGGCUUGGAGGAAAUCUUUAUUUCUUAAGUGAAAUAAAAAUAAAAUUGCAGCAAGAGUUGUUA